AUGGGAUCAUCUUCAAAUCAUUAUCACUAUCAAGCCGAUGAUAAUCAUUAUCACUACCAAGCAGAUGACAGUGAUAAUUUUGAGGGCUAUUUAGAAAACAUUUAUGAUGUUUCGCACAUUAUUCCAGAACCAAACCAGCCACACGAUAGGAUUUAUAUCGAGCGAAACCGGGAAGAAGGCCACAAUAAUCUUUGGAAUGAUUAUUUUAGUGACACUCCAACAUAUCCAGAAUAUUUAUUCCGGCGACGGUUUCGCAUGCACAAGCCAUUGUUCAUGCGAAUUGUGCAACGUCUCUCUACCGAAAUCGAAUAUUUCCGCCAAACCCAAGAUGCAACUGGACGGGCUGGUCUUUCACCUAUACAAAAAUGUACUGCAGCAAUUCGUCAAUUGGCAUAUGGUACUUCUUCUGACAGUAUUGACGAGUAUGUACGAAUUGGUGCUUCGACAGCUCGGAAAUGUUUGCACGAGUUUACCGCCGGCAUCAUCCAAGUGUUUGGAGAUGAAUAUCUAAGACGUCCUACACAGGAGGAUCUACAUAGACUACUCUAUCAGAAUGAACAGCGUGGAUUUCCCGGGAUGAUUGGUAGCAUUGAUUGUAUGCAUUGGGGGUGGAAGAAUUGUCCCACGGCUUGGAAAGGCAUGUAUUCACGAUCAACCGGAAAACCUACAAUUGUGUUGGAAGCGGUAGCUUCGUAUGACCUAUGGAUAUGGCAUGCCUUUUUUGGAGCUCCAGCUCCCGAAGUCCACUACGUUGUCAACGGAAGGGAGUACAAUUUGCCGUACUAUCUCACCGAUGAUGUGUUCACUCUGCUUGUUGAUGGGUUCACUGCCUUCAGCUGGUUCACCGGAAGUACCACCUGA